GCCACAUAAGACAUCACAAACCCCCACAUCUAAAACCAAUUUCUAAGUCCAACACUCCCACAUCCACUUGCAUACUAUAGUGUCUGUCCAGGAAACUUUAAUCCCUUCAAGCUAGCAAAAAUGGCCUCUACUCAAUGCUUCUUGCACCACCAUGCUCUCACAACUCCAACCAGAACCUCAUCACAACGCCAAGUUGUGAGCAUCAAGCCAAACCAGAUUGUUUGCAGGGCACAGAAGCAGCAGGAUGUUGAAGAUGUCAGCCCUGUGUCUCGCAGAUUAGCUCUCACAUUGCUCAUUGGUGCUGCUGCUGUUGGCUCAAAGGUCUCACCUGCUGAUGCAGCUUAUGGGGAAGCUGCAAAUGUGUUUGGAAAGCCAAAGUCAAACACAGACUUCCUGCCAUACAAUGGUGAUGGAUUCAAACUAUCCAUUCCCGCAAAGUGGAACCCAAGCAAAGAGCGUGAGUUCCCAGGUCAGGUUCUUAGAUAUGAGGAUAAUUUCGAUGCAACAAGCAAUGUUUCUGUCAUAAUCACUGCAACUGAUAAGAAGUCCAUCACUGACUAUGGUUCACCAGAAGAGUUCCUAUCUAAGGUGGAUUAUUUGCUUGGUAAACAAGCCUUCUUUGGCCAAACUGAUUCUGAGGGUGGUUUUGAUACCAAUGCUGUAGCUGUAGCAAACAUCUUAGAGAGUUCAGCACCAGUGGUUGGUGGUAAACAGUACUACAAUGUGUCUGUGUUGACAAGGACUGCUGAUGGAGAUGAAGGUGGCAAGCACCAGAUAAUUACAGCAACUGUGAAUGAUGGAAAACUAUACAUUUGCAAAGCUCAAGCUGGGGAUAAGAGGUGGUUUAAGGGAGCAAGAAAAUUUGUGGAGAGCGCAGCAAGUUCAUUCAGUGUUGCCUAAGAACUUAGUUGAGGGUUAUAUAAAUCAUCUUUAAGGUGUGUGCAUUUCUUGAAUUGUACCUGUCACAUUUUGUCCCCAAGUUCUCAAAUAAUUGAUGUAUUUGGCUGGAGUAAA